UGCACCACUCGCUCAGCUUCCGCGUUCUGGUCGUUGACAAGGAAGUCAGAAGUCUUUUCCCACAGAGAUUUUAAAAUGGCUCGAGGACCAAAGAAGCACCUGAAGCGCGUGGCCGCGCCGAAGCACUGGAUGUUGGAUAAAUUGACUGGCGUUUUCGCCCCCCGCCCGUCCACCGGCCCGCACAAGCUGCGCGAGUGCCUCCCCCUCAUCAUCUUCCUGCGCAACCGGCUGAAGUACGCUCUGACUGGAGACGAGGUCAAGAAAAUUUGCAUGCAGAGGUUCAUUAAGAUCGACGGGAAGGUCCGCACCGACAUCACCUACCCCACGGGCUUCAUGGAUGUGAUCAGCAUUGAGAAGACCGGAGAGCACUUCCGCUUGAUCUACGACGUGAAGGGCCGCUUCACCGUCCAUCGCAUCACAGCCGAGGAAGCAAAAUAUAAGCUCUGCAAGGUGAGGAAGCUCAUUGUCGGCACAAAGGGGGUCCCGCACCUGGUGACGCACGACGCCCGCACCAUCCGCUACCCUGACCCGCUCAUCAAGGUCAACGACACCGUCCGCAUCGACCUGGACAGCGGCAAGAUCACUGAGUUCAUCAAGUUUGACACGGGUAACCUGUGCAUGGUGACCGGUGGUGCUAACUUGGGUCGGAUCGGAGUGAUCACCAACAGGGAGAAGCACCCUGGAUCCUUCGACGUGGUUCAUGUGAAGGAUAGCACUGGAAACAGCUUCGCCACCAGACUGUCCAACAUCUUCAUCAUCGGGAAGGGGAACAAGCCGUGGGUGUCCCUGCCUCGUGGGAAGGGCAUCCGCCUCACCAUCGCUGAAGAGAGGGACAAGAGGCUGGCUGCCAAGGGGAGCAGCUGAGCUCCUGUCCCACUGACCCAAAAUAAAGCUCUAUUUAUCCCCAACA